AUGGCAGAAGAAUUUACUGAGGAUGUCGUCGAGGAGCAGCAAGGCAAUCCGGGCGCCGAUGUCGAAAUGGCCGAGGGUGACGAGGCUGAGGGAACUGUUGCUAGAAAUAGUAGCGGAGACCUACCCUUCGUUGAGGGUGCUGAUAUCGAACCGCGUACUAGCUUCAUAAAUUAUCUUACUAGUCCUGUCGUGACUCUGGUUGUCGGCAAUGGCGAAACGGAGACUAUCCUCGCUGCUCACCAAGCCCUCCUUACUCAAAGCCCUUUCUUCUCCGAUGCCUGCGCGGCCUUCACUGACGAUGGAAGCCCGCGACAAAUAGAGCUCGCGACCGAGGAGCUAGACGCCGUCGGCUGUUUCCUAGAAUUCCUCUACACCGGCGACUACUUCCCUAGGAAGCUUCCUGGCCAGCGACUACUAGAACAAGACCCGUCUAUCCCUACCGUUGACGAGACCGGUGAGCAGCUCCUGAAGCAUGCGCGCGUGUAUACUCUGGCCGAGAAGUUCGGGAUGGACAAGCUGAAGAGCCUCGCGAGCAGCAAGAUUCACUGCGUAAACUCGACAGCCAAGGGGGAGAUCACAUAUGCCCGCUACAUUUACCAAUAUACCAACAAGGAAGAUACGACGGUCCGCGCUCCCGUGGCCAACUUCUGGGCUACCCGCAGCCACACCCUACGUGCGGAGGCAGAGGAAGAAUUCCGCUCGCUGUGCUUGGAAUAUCCUCAGUUCGGUUACGAUGUGCUUACUCGCGUGUUGGACGAGAAGCUCAAGCGGGAGCGGAACGACAAGCUGCAUCCGGCAACAGGAAGUGGACGCAAGCGAGCCCGCCACAGCAACGUAUAA